GAGUGGACUCUGUCUUUCCCUGCUUCCUUGUCUCAUAACAUGCAGUCCGCCCCGCUCUCCUCUUUACCUGUGUCCUGUGAACUCCCAAAAGAAGCCAGGGAACCACUACCAGGAAAUGGCCAUUUCCAUAGGCGCGGGCCACCCUGCAUGAGAGAGCAGCUGGCCGGUUGUGUCACAUGCCUCUGAGCAGUUGGAGAGGCCAGCAGAAGAAGGUGCAGUGGGGAAGGGCAGUGUCACGUGCAGCCUCACAGGAAGCGGGCCAGAAGAUAGCUGAGGACCACAGGGCUCAGCCGUUUUCCUCAGCGGAUUAAAGCCACGCAGAUUUAUCCACAAGACUGUUGAAAAUUUAACUGUCCAAGAUGCCUGUUCCUCCCCCACCAGCACCCCCACCGCCACCGACAUUUGCUCUCGCCAAUACCGAGAAACCCACCCUGAAUAAGACACAGCAGGCUGGGAGGAAUGCCCUUCUCUCUGACAUCAGCAAAGGGAAGAAACUCAAGAAGACAGUCACCAAUGACAGAAGUGCACCAAUAUUGGACAAACCAAAAGGAGCCGGUGCCGGUGGUGGUGGCAGCUAUGGUGGAGGUGGUGGAGGUGGCGGUGGAGGAGGCGGCGGCGGUGGUGGCAGCGGAAAUUUUGGAGGAGGUGGACCCCCCGGAUUGGGAGGACUAUUCCAGGCUGGAAUGCCAAAGCUGAGGUCCACCGCCAACAGGGAUAAUGAUUCUGGGGGAAGCCGACCACCGAUUUUGCCACCAGGAGGAAGAACAACAUCGGCCAAGCCCUUUUCGCCCCCAAGCGGCCCCCCGGCGCGGUUCCCUGCACCCUCACCAGGCCACAGGAGUGGUCCCCCGGAGCUGCCCAGGAACCGGAUGCCUCCCCCGAGGCCUGACGUGGGCUCAAAACCCGAUAGCCUUCCCCCUCCAGUACCAAACACGCCAAGACCCAUUCAGUCGAAUCCACACAACCGGGGAUCCCCAACAGGGCCGGGAGCCCCCAGGCCUCCCUUCCCCGGAAACCGAGGUGCAGCUUUUGGAGCCAGCUCUGUGCGCCAGAACCCCUCGAGCUCCUCCUCUCCGUUCUCCAGACCGCCUUUGCCCCCCACCCCAAACCGAGCCUUGGAUGACAAGCCCCCUCCACCACCUCCUCCCGUGGGCAACAGGCCCCCCAUCCACAGAGAAGCCGGUCCACCUCCUCCCUCACAGAACAGCAAACCUCCAGUGCCUUCCACCCCACGGCCUGGGACCGGGUCCCAGGCCCCACCUCCUCCGCCGCCACCCAGCCGGCCCGGCCCUCCUCCCCUGCCUCCCGCUUCCAACGAUGAGAUCCCGAGGCUGCCACAGCGGAACCUGUCCCUCACAUCCUCUGCACCUCCCUUGCCUUCACCUGGGCGCUCCGGGCCUCUCCCGCCCCCACCCAACGAGAGGCCCCCUCCUCCAGUGAGGGAUCCACCAGGCAGAUCAGGUCCCGUCCCACCGCCUCCUCCAACGAGCAGAAAUGGAAGCACAGCUCGGGCCCUGCCUGCCACCCCUCAGUUGCCGUCCAGGAGUGCAGUGGACAGUCCCAGAAGCGGGCCUAGGCCUCCUCUUCCUCCCGAUAGGCCUGGUGCGGGGGCACCACCCCCGCCCCCACCGUCAGCAUCCGUUCGAAAUGGCUUCCAAGACUCAUCUGCUGAAGAUGAAUGGGAGAGCAGAUUCUACUUCCAUCCGAUUUCUGAUUUGCCACCUCCAGAGCCAUAUGUACCAACAACCAAGACAUAUCCCAGCAAACUGGCCAGAAAUGAAAGCCGGAGUGGAUCCAACCGAAGAGAAAGGGGCGCCCCACCCCUUCCUCCCAUCCCGAGGUGAUCUCUGCCUGCUCCGUCUCUACCCAAGCUCCAAAGCUGCUUGUGUUGUUGCUGUUUGAAAACUGCACACCCCCUCCCUUCCUUUGUCCCUCUCAGGGAUAGUAGGAGGGAAGGACGGAAGCUGAGGUGGGGAUUCAUGCGUUUGGUGGGGGGAGGGGAUCAGGAACGACGCACCUAGCUGUUUAUGUUGUAUAUAUUGUUGAGCUAUUGCUUGUGUCGGCUGCGCCCUGCCGGGGUUGGCUGCUGGGAUCGAUAAGCUUUGUUGCAAAUAGGCAGAGACAAAUUGUAUGCCAGCUUUCAGCCCUACACAGUCAGAUGUUCAUUGCUUAUUUGCUACAGGCUAUAGUUGUUAAAUUCCCUGAGAGCUGGUUUUGUCCAUGCCUUUCUCGAUCACGUGGUCUCGGGUCUGUUUCCAUGAACCACAGACAGCCCUCCCGGAGCAAGUUGCUGAGCAAGCCUCAUGUAACUAAAGCCCUGUGGUUGCAGGAUAUCCAAUUUUUGGCAGUCUGAAGUAGGCUCCUGGGCAGAGCUGUCCAACAGAAACAUACUGUGAGCCCCAUACCCAAUCUUAAAAUGACCAGCAGCCAUGUUUCCUAAAGGUAGAAAGAAACAGGUAAAAAUAAUUCCAUUUUACUUAACUCUGCACAUCUGAGAUAUCACUUCAACCUGUAAUCAGUGUAGCAAUUAUUAUUAAGAUAUUUACAUUUUUGGUACUAAGUCUUCACGCUCCAGUUAUCAUUCUUUACUUUGGACAAACGCAUCACCAGGUUUUGGGUGUCCAGUAGCCACACGUGCCUAAGCACUGUACUGUCAGACCAUCUGGAUUGGGAGAUAGGAGCUAGUACAGAAACCUCUUGUCUAAAAACAGGCAAACUGAGUUUUAGCAAUUCAAGAUGCCCCAAGACAAGGACAGAAUUCAACACCAUGUUUGGCAGACAGUGAGACCUUGGGUUUUGGCCCCUUGUUUUGCCUUUUUCCUUAAUAUGUCCAAGUAUUUCUUCAGAGUAUCUCUGUCAGAAGUUGACCUAGUACAGUUUACAGAGGCAUGGGACUAAGCAAAGAAACUGAAAGCUGGUGGGUGCUUCCUGGCUCAGAGUGAGCCGGCUUGUGCGCUCGCUGGCCAGUAGGUGGAUUGCCUUGCAGAUCUCCAGUGACCAUCAAUCCUCCACCCCAGAGCAAACUUCUCCCUCAGGCCAGCAGGAAAGGUCAGGAAGGUAUAAAGCCAGAUUUAUAGGAGUAGAGGAUAGAUUUGAGAUGAUGGGCAGAACUCUGCAAAACCCACUGGGGUCAAGUGGGUUAAGGAAUUUAGUGGUAGAAACUGGAAAGAACUGGUUUUGGAUCUCUUGGGAGACUCCCUUGUUCUGGAUCUAUGCAAUUAAGUUCCACUACAGGAACAGAAAGGACUGUGCUUGCCUUUUUAUAUACGAUUUUGUUUACAAGAUUUUACUGGGACUUUUAAAUCUAGCUAUAGAGUUGGAAAAGGAUUUCCAUUUUGAUGUUUUAUAUAGUUAUGUUUAAUAUUACCAUUGUCUCAAUUAAAGCACAUGGCCACAUGUGUGUUAUCUACCUGAACUUCGUAUUUUGGGUCCAGUGUAUUGCUCACAUGUUGCUGGGAGAUGCUUACAAAAAAAAAUCAAUCCAAAGAAAAAUGGAAAGACAUUCCUAUUUAUAGAAUAAUUGUUUCAUUUAUAUGGAAGCAGAACUUAGGAGUUCUAAUAGUUGAAAUGUCUAAUAAAUUAUGAAGUGACUGAUUUGAAUAUAUUGUAUUUUUAUAACUUUCCUUGCCAAAGCCCUGAACUUAGUAUUUGAGAGAGUCAUUUUCCUCCCAUCUUCUCUGCCAUUUGUCUGUCUUCCAUGAGAAUGAAGAAAUAAAGGCUUAACAAGCUAGACUUUUUUUUUCAAGGUAGGCUUUCUCUGUGUAGCUUUACAGCCUGUCCUGGCACUCACUUUGUAGAGCAGGCUAGCCUGGAACUCACAUAGAUUCACCUGCCUCUGCCUCCUGAGUGCUGGGAUUAAAGGUGUGCACCACCACUGCACAGCACAAACGUGACAUUUUUUACUUCUAACAUUUUUAUAAUGUAUUUCAAAUUCUUUGAGCUGAUGUUCACUAUACUAAACAUCCUUUUGAUAGACUCUAAGUGACCCACUCUGCUAAAAACAGAAUUGUUCCUUCCUUUUGCUGUGUGUGGCAAGGAAAAGUCUGACUCAAAAAACACAUGGGUCUGAAUUUUUUGGUUGUGAGCCUAGCCUUUAACAGCUGACCUAACCCUCCAGCCCAGGUUCUGAAUUUUUUAAGGGAUAGUGAAAAUUGGACAAGUCCUAGUAUGUCUCCAUUUUUCAGGUACAUUUCUAAAUUAGAAAUAGGGUCACAGCUCAAAGUUGUCAUUCAUAAUAAAGAAGUUUUAGAAUGUAUUUUUGAAAGAAUGCUUCAGUAAUACACCUACAUCCUUUCUCUAGAAAUUAGUAACCCAGCUGCUUCUCAAACUCUGAAGAAGUUUUGUGCUUAUCUUAACCUACCACAGAACACACACACAGAAAGCCCUGACUAUUUUCUUCCCUGAAGUCAAAGCUUAUGUUUUUUUACAUAAUAUUUCCAGUUCUGUGUAUUCAAGAUGCAAUACAGUAUAUUUUAACAUUUGCAAAUCAUUUUAUAUGGAAAUAUAUUACAGUAUUAAAAUUCAGUGUUCAGUGUCUCCUUCACUAUGCAUUUUAUUUACUGAAAGCUGAGAAAAUGUUUAACCCAAUGGUGCCUUACUCUAUGAUCUGAAAGGAAUUGACUUUUUAUGUCUACGUGGUGGAUUAUUUGCAUAUUUGUAAAAACUGUUAGGCCAUUAUAUUUUAACUUGUAAUAGCAAUUUUGUUGUUGUAAUAGCAGAAACAGGGUGGUUAUUAAAGUAUCCUCAGAUCUCUGGUAUGAAAUUAAUUUUCCCUGCUUAUAGGCAGGAGCUGUAGAAGAAUUUUUUCAUACCACCGCACUGUAUAAACAGACACACUUAGGUAUCUGUGUCAUCAGGGUAGUUAAAUGGAAGGGUAGACUCUGCCCUGGACACCUGCGUCUUUGUAAGUUCUCCAGACAAUAAAUAAAAUGCAGAAUGA